AUGACUGAUGACUCGUUCACCAGCAGCCCUCAAGAGGAAAACGAUUCGUUCGAAACAGAAACCACGGCUGUAGCAAAGAGUGAAAUAAUUGAAAAUACUGCGUCGACUAGCUCCAACUCAGAGGCUUUUGAAUUGAAAGAGUUGACAAAAAAUGAGGAUGAAGAAACGUAUUCUAUCAAGUCUACAGAGGCUGUAUUAGAAACUGACAAGGACGACCUCAAUGGUGUCUCUGGAAACAAUAAAGGAGAUGUAACUGAACAACAGCUUAAUCCCGAUUUGGCGAGUUUUAUGGCAGCGUGUCAAGAAGGUAACUUGAUUAUAGUACAAGAAUUGAUCUCUUCGAAAAGAGUUUUAGCAGAUAACACAUUCAGUGACGGCAUAACUGGUCUUCAUUGGGCAGCAAUUAAUAAUCGGUUGAGUAUCGUAAAGUAUUUGAAUGAAAAUGAAUAUUCGCAAGCGGAUUCGAAUGCAUUAGGUGGCGAUUUAAAGGCAACGCCAUUGCAUUGGGCUUGUCGCAAUGGGUUAGUAUACAUUGUGGACUAUUUGAUCACGAAUGCCGAUGCAGAUCCCACAAUAAGAGACUCACAGUCUUAUAAUGCUCUUCAUUUGGCAGUUCAUAGUUCGAACAUUACAUUAGUCAUCUACAUUCUAUUUACAUGCUGCGACGCUCAUUCCAAUAAAGCGAUAUAUGUUGACGAACCUGACGAUUUCAAUAGAACUAGCUUGCAUUGGGCAGCUUAUCAGGGUGACAUUUAUUCGGUAAAUGCAUUAUUAAGGUUUGGUGCAGACGUCAGCAAGGUUGAUAAUUCUUUAUUCCUCCCUCUUCAUUGGGCAUUUAUGAGAGGAUACAAAGCUGUUCUCAAGGCCCUAGUAGAAGCUGGGUCUGACAUCUUAGCCAAAAAUGAUCAGGGAAAGGAUUCAUUCGAAGUCGCUAAAGAUAUGAACUGUUACGAUACCUGGACAAAAGUUUUGUACGAAUGUCGGAGGAGUCCAAAAAAUAACUGGGCAGUGAAGCGCCCAUUCCUUGAUCCAAAAAUGGGAAAAUUAAUUACUUUUUUCACACCGUAUGUUACGUUACCUAUUUGUUUCUCUGUGUGCUCACUUGGAAAAGGUUUUUUCAUACCUAAGUUAUUCUUCGCUUUCAUAAUUUUCUUUGGUUCAAUCAGCGUAUUAGGGAAAUUUAUUAUUCCUACUUACUUGAUUGAAAACAAGGCAAUACCAAAAUCACCAUUAUUGGCAGGUGUGUUUUCGGGAACUGCUUUUUGGGCUGUAAUAGUUUGGCUUUAUGCCAUAUUGCCCAAUUUGUUCAUUAAGCAUUUCUUUGCGAAUUUGAUAUUAGGUGGACUUAUUGCUUCAUUUACUUGGUCAUUUAUUAAAACCAUGUUCAUCAAUCCUGGCUAUGUCCCCACUCCGUCAGAUAAUGCUAUUAUAUACCAAAAGAUUAAGGAUUUAAUGGGCGUAGGAAAAUUUGACACAGAUCACUUCUGUGUGAAUACUUUUAAUCGUAAACCUUUAAGAUCAAAAUACUCCAAAGCAUCCAACAAAUUGGUGGCUAGAUUUGAUCAUAUGUGUCCGUGGGUAUACAAUGAAAUUGGAGUGAGGAAUCACAAGUUGUUUGUGACGUUCGUUUAUUCCUUGAGUCUUGCCAUUUUAUUUUUUACUUACUUAUCCAUGAAGUUAUUCGAUCAACUAGCCGAUGCAUACGAUAGUGAUAAUGAGGAAGUUGAAUGCACUUUUUUAUCUGAUGAGCUCUGCUAUGCAUACAGAAACAACUCGUUUCAUUUCAAUGUGAUGGCAUGGUGUCUCUUGCAGUACGUCUGGAUAUUUUUUUUAUCUGUAGUCCAGACAUUUCAAAUAUUGAAGGGGGUUACCUCUUGGGAGUUUAUCAAUUUGAAUGACUUUAUGCAUCAAAAGAACCACAAUCAUUCUACGCUACCGAGAGAUUUUCCUUUGAACCAGCCAGAGACACCUUCGUCUAGUUUGAGCCAACGGUCAGAAAUAGUAACUUGUUGCAGGUUGCUAGGCAUAGAUCAAUUUAUAUUGACUAUGAAGCUUUCCAUAGCUUCUUUGUUUAACAAAAGCUCGGCAACCUCAAACUCAUACCAGUCGUUAAACAGCUUAACAAUUCCGACGGACUAUGGAUGGAAACAGAACUGGUUGGAUUUUUGGUUUUUGGGUGAUAUUCGUUUACGAAAUGUUUUUCUUCUUCCAAUUGAAGGUGAAAAUAACCUAAAUGGAAAGGUCGUAGACUAUUACAGACUUUACGAGUAUCCUCCGAGAGCUGCCUCAGAACUUGUAUAG